GGAAGAAUUGCUUCCGGCGUACCUGCGGUAUAAAACAUUCGUCGUGCGCCGGGAUGGACAGGCUCAAGGAUCCCUGUCUUGUCCCCCGCCUCUAUACCUUCGUCCCGAAAGUUAAAAAUGGUCCAGCCACAUGAACCCGAGUUCGAGCAGGCGCUCACCGAGCUCAGCGUCAGCUUGAAGCCUUUCCUCGAGGCGAACCCCGAAUACAAAAAGGCGUUCGAGAUCGUCCAGAUCCCGGAGCGAAUCGUCCAGUUCCGCGUCGUCUGGGAGGACGACCAAGGCCGCCCGCAGGUGAACCGCGGCUUCCGCGUGCAGUACAACUCCGCGCUCGGCCCGUACAAGGGCGGCCUGCGCCUCCACCCUUCCGUCAACCUCUCCAUCCUCAAGUUCCUCGGGUUUGAGCAGACGUUCAAGAACGCGCUCACGGGGCUGAACAUGGGCGGCGGCAAGGGCGGCUCGGAUUUCGAUCCCAAGGGCAAGUCGGACAACGAAAUCAGGCGGUUCUGCGUGAGUUUUAUGGCGGAGCUGGCUAAGCAUAUUGGGAAGGAUACGGAUGUGCCGGCGGGGGAUAUCGGGACUGGCGCGAGGGAGAUUGGGUAUCUCUUUGGUGCGUACCGCAGGCAAAGAGGGGAGUGGGUGGGUGUUUUGACGGGCAAGGGGGCGACAUGGGGUGGAAGCUUCAUUCGUCCGGAAGCGACGGGAUAUGGGUUGAUCUACUAUGUGGAACACAUGAUCGCCAAAGCCCAUCCCCACCUCUCCCUCACCAAGCCCUCCACCAAGGUCGCCAUCUCCGGGUCCGGUAACGUCGCCCAAUACACCGCUCUGAAGGUGAUCGAGCUCGGCGGCACCGUGCUCUCCCUCUCCGACUCUAAGGGCUCGCUGCUCAUCGCAGGCAAGGGCGAGAAGGGCGGCUUUUCGAAGGCGGAUGUGGAGAAGGUUAUGGACCUCAAGCUCAAGGGCGGCAGCCUGGAGUCGCUCGCGCAGGACUCGCGGUUCGAGUACGUCGCGGGCCAGCGGCCGUGGACGCUCCUGCCCAAGGUCGAUAUCGCGCUGCCGUGCGCGACGCAGAACGAGGUGUCUGGAGAGGAGGCCGAGGCCCUGAUCAAGGCUGGCACGAGGAUCGUCGCCGAGGGAAGUAAUAUGGGCUGCACGAUGGAGGCUAUCGAGGUGUUUGAGAACAGCCGGAAGAAGGGUGGUCCGGAUAGCGUGUGGUAUGCUCCUGGAAAGGCGUCAAAUUGCGGUGGGGUUGCUGUCUCUGGGCUCGAGAUGGCGCAGAACUCGCAGAGGCUGGUCUGGUCGUCCGAAGACGUCGACGCGAAGCUGAAGAAUAUCAUGACCGACUGUUAUAAGAUUUGCCUCGACGCGGGCUCGAAAUGGUCCGGCGAAGGCGACAAGAGCGCGCAGGGUGUCCUCCCUAGUCUGUUAAGCGGCGCGAAUGUUGCUGGGUUUAUCAAGGUGGCGGACGCCAUGAAAGCGCACGGUGAUUGGUGGUAAUUUAUUGAGUGUAGCAUCGUCCUGUGGACGCAAAAUGUACUUUUAGAACGGGUAUAAGUAGUGUAGACUUAGAAGGCUCACCGCCUGGCUUAAUUAGAACGGGAAUCCAUGGAUGUGCCUGCUUAUACUGAGGGGUAUACGCCAGCAGGGACAGUCAAUCGACGACAUAAUAUCGUCC